GCUGGAGCAGGUAUGUAUGGCUCUGGUGCAGGAGGUGCUGGCGCUGCUGGUGGUGCCGGAGGUGCUGGUGGAUUCAUGUUCAACGGAAUCCUCAUUUCCGCCGGAGGUUCUUACAGUGUAACUCUACCUAGUGGUGCCACUGUUAUCGUCUCUGGAGCUGCCAUCUCACCAAACCCAAGCAAUCCAGGAAGUGUCCUAGUUGCAUAUGGUGGAUCAGUGCACGUCGUAUUUGUUGUUUCUGCUGCUGGAGGUGCUGGACCUUCAUCCGGUCCUUCUGGAGCUGGACUUAUUUCACCAUCUGGUGGUGCCGGUGGACUGUACGGUCCUGGUGCUGGUGGUGCUGGAGGUGCCGGUCAAUACGGUGCUGGUUCUGGUGCAGGAGUUGGUCCCUCUAUCGACAUUGAUAUUUACUCCGGAGGUGCUGGAGGCGCUGGAGCAGGUAUGUAUGGCUCUGGUGCAGGAGGUGCUGGCGCUGCUGGUGGUGCCGGAGGUGCUGGUGGAUUCAUGUUCAACGGAAUCCUCAUUUCCGCCGGAGGUUCUUACAGUGUAACUCUACCUAGUGGUGCCACUGUUAUCGUCUCUGGAGCUGCCAUCUCACCAAACCCAAGCAAUCCAGGAAGUGUCCUAGUUGCAUAUGGUGGAUCAGUGCACGUCGUAUUUGUUGUUUCUGCUGCUGGAGGUGCUGGACCUUCAUCCGGUCCUUCUGGAGCUGGACUUAUUUCACCAUCUGGUGGUGCCGGUGGACUGUACGGUCCUGGUGCUGGUGGUGCUGGAGGUGCCGGUCAAUACGGUGCUGGUUCUGGUGCAGGAGUUGGUCCCUCUAUCGACAUUGAUAUUUACUCCGGAGGUGCUGGAGGCGCUGGAGCAGGUAUGUAUGGCUCUGGUGCAGGAGGUGCUGGCGCUGCUGGUGGUGCCGGAGGUGCUGGUGGAUUCAUGUUCAACGGAAUCCUCAUUUCCGCCGGAGGUUCUUACAGUGUAACUCUACCUAGUGGUGCCACUGUUAUCGUCUCUGGAGCUGCCAUCUCACCAAACCCAAGCAAUCCAGGAAGUGUCCUAGUUGCAUAUGGUGGAUCAGUGCACGUCGUAUUUGUUGUUUCUGCUGCUGGAGGUGCUGGAGGUGCUGGACCUUCAUCCGGUCCUUCUGGAGCUGGACUUAUUUCACCAUCUGGUGGUGCCGGUGGACUGUACGGUCCUGGUGCUGGUGGUGCUGGAGGUGCCGGUCAAUACGGUGCUGGUUCUGGUGCAGGAGUUGGUCCCUCUAUCGACAUUGAUAUUUACUCCGGAGGUGCUGGAGGCGCUGGAGCAGGUAUGUAUGGCUCUGGUGCAGGAGGUGCUGGCGCUGCUGGUGGUGCCGGAGGUGCUGGUGGAUUCAUGUUCAACGGAAUCCUCAUUUCCGCCGGAGGUUCUUACAGUGUAACUCUACCUAGUGGUGCCACUGUUAUCGUCUCUGGAGCUGCCAUCUCACCAAACCCAAGCAAUCCAGGAAGUGUCCUAGUUGCAUAUGGUGGAUCAGUGCACGUCGUAUUUGUUGUUUCUGCUGCUGGAGGUGCUGGACCUUCAUCCGGUCCUUCUGGAGCUGGACUUAUUUCACCAUCUGGUGGUGCCGGUGGACUGUACGGUCCUGGUGCUGGUGGUGCUGGAGGUGCCGGUCAAUACGGUGCUGGUUCUGGUGCAGGAGUUGGUCCCUCUAUCGACAUUGAUAUUUACUCCGGAGGUGCUGGAGGCGCUGGAGCAGGUAUGUAUGGCUCUGGUGCAGGAGGUGCUGGCGCUGCUGGUGGUGCCGGAGGUGCUGGUGGAUUCAUGUUCAACGGAAUCCUCAUUUCCGCCGGAGGUUCUUACAGUGUAACUCUACCUAGUGGUGCCACUGUUAUCGUCUCUGGAGCUGCCAUCUCACCAAACCCAAGCAAUCCAGGAAGUGUCCUAGUUGCAUAUGGUGGAUCAGUGCACGUCGUAUUUGUUGUUUCUGCUGCUGGAGGUGCUGGAGGUGCUGGACCUUCAUCCGGUCCUUCUGGAGCUGGACUUAUUUCACCAUCUGGUGGUGCCGGUGGACUGUACGGUCCUGGUGCUGGUGGUGCUGGAGGUGCCGGUCAAUACGGUGCUGGUUCUGGUGCAGGAGUUGGUCCCUCUAUCGACAUUGAUAUUUACUCCGGAGGUGCUGGAGGCGCUGGAGCAGGUAUGUAUGGCUCUGGUGCAGGAGGUGCUGGCGCUGCUGGUGGUGCCGGAGGUGCUGGUGGAUUCAUGUUCAACGGAAUCCUCAUUUCCGCCGGAGGUUCUUACAGUGUAACUCUACCUAGUGGUGCCACUGUUAUCGUCUCUGGAGCUGCCAUCUCACCAAACCCAAGCAAUCCAGGAAGUGUCCUAGUUGCAUAUGGUGGAUCAGUGCACGUCGUAUUUGUUGUUUCUGCUGCUGGAGGUGCUGGACCUUCAUCCGGUCCUUCUGGAGCUGGACUUAUUUCACCAUCUGGUGGUGCCGGUGGACUGUACGGUCCUGGUGCUGGUGGUGCUGGAGGUGCCGGUCAAUACGGUGCUGGUUCUGGUGCAGGAGUUGGUCCCUCUAUCGACAUUGAUAUUUACUCCGGAGGUGCUGGAGGCGCUGGAGCAGGUAUGUAUGGUUCUGGUGCAGGAGGUGCUGGCGCUGCUGGUGGUGCCGGAGGUGCUGGUGGAUUCAUGUUCAACGGAAUCCUCAUUUCCGCCGGAGGUUCUUACAGUGUAACUCUACCUAGUGGUGCCACUGUUAUCGUCUCUGGAGCUGCCAUCUCACCAAACCCAAGCAAUCCAGGAAGUGUCCUAGUUGCAUAUGGUGGAUCAGUGCACGUCGUAUUUGUUGUUUCUGCUGCUGGAGGUGCUGGACCUUCAUCCGGUCCUUCUGGAGCUGGACUUAUUUCACCAUCUGGUGGUGCCGGUGGACUGUACGGUCCUGGUGCUGGUGGUGCUGGAGGUGCCGGUCAAUACGGUGCUGGUUCUGGUGCAGGAGUUGGUCCCUCUAUCGACAUUGAUAUUUACUCCGGAGGUGCUGGAGGCGCUGGAGCAGGUAUGUAUGGCUCUGGUGCAGGAGGUGCUGGCGCUGCUGGUGGUACCGGAGGUGCUGGUGGAUUCAUGUUCAACGGAAUCCUCAUUUCCGCCGGAGGUUCUUACAGUGUAACUCUACCUAGUGGUGCCACUGUUAUCGUCUCUGGAGCUGCCAUCUCACCAAACCCAAGCAAUCCAGGAAGUGUCCUAGUUGCAUAUGGUGGAUCAGUGCACGUCGUAUUUGUUGUUUCUGCUGCUGGAGGUGCUGGACCUUCAUCCGGUCCUUCUGGAGCUGGACUUAUUUCACCAUCUGGUGGUGCCGGUGGACUGUACGGUCCUGGUGCUGGUGGUGCUGGAGGUGCCGGUCAAUACGGUGCUGGUUCUGGUGCAGGAGUUGGUCCCUCUAUCGACAUUGAUAUUUACUCCGGAGGUGCUGGAGGCGCUGGAGCAGGUAUGUAUGGCUCUGGUGCAGGAGGUGCUGGCGCUGCUGGUGGUGCCGGAGGUGCUGGUGGAUUCAUGUUCAACGGAAUCCUCAUUUCCGCCGGAGGUUCUUACAGUGUAACUCUACCUAGUGGUGCCACUGUUAUCGUCUCUGGAGCUGCCAUCUCACCAAACCCAAGCAAUCCAGGAAGUGUCCUAGUUGCAUAUGGUGGAUCAGUGCACGUCGUAUUUGUUGUUUCUGCUGCUGGAGGUGCUGGACCUUCAUCCGGUCCUUCUGGAGCUGGACUUAUUUCACCAUCUGGUGGUGCCGGUGGACUGUACGGUCCUGGUGCUGGUGGUGCUGGAGGUGCCGGUCAAUACGGUGCUGGUUCUGGUGCAGGAGUUGGUCCCUCUAUCGACAUUGAUAUUUACUCCGGAGGUGCUGGAGGCGCUGGAGCAGGUAUGUAUGGCUCUGGUGCAGGAGGUGCUGGCGCUGCUGGUGGUGCCGGAGGUGCUGGUGGAUUCAUGUUCAACGGAAUCCUCAUUUCUGCCGGAGGUUCUUACAGUGUAACUCUACCUAGUGGUGCAACUGUUAUCGUCUCUGGAGCUGCCAUCUCACCAAACCCAAGCAAUCUAGGAAGUGUCCUAGUUGCAUAUGGUGGAUCAGUGCACGUCGUAUUUGUUGUUUCUGCUGCUGGAGGUGCUGGACCUUCAUCCGGUCCUUCUGGAGCUGGACUUAUUUCACCAUCUGGUGGUGCCGGUGGACUGUACGGUCCUGGUGCUGGUGGUGCUGGAGGUGCCGGUCAAUACGGUGCUGGUUCUGGUGCAGGAGUUGGUCCCUCUAUCGACAUUGAUAUUUCUUCCGGAGGUGCUGGAGGCGCUGGACCAUACAGACCUACUUCUUCCGGACCUUACGGUCCUACUUCUGCCGGACCUUACGGACUUACUUCUACUGGACCUGCUUCUACUGGACCAUACGGACCUGUUUCUGCCGGAACUUACGGACCUACUUCUGCUGGACCUGCGUCUGCUGGACCCUACGGACCUACUUCUGCUGGACCUGCUUCUGCUGGACCCUACGGACCUACUUCUGCUGGACUUGCGUCUGCUGGACCCUACGGAGUACCUUCAUCUGUAGGACUUAUUGAUCCAGCUGGACCAUACGGACCUGCUUCUGUUGGACCUUACGGACCUACUUUUGCUGGACCAUACGGACCGACUUCUGUCGGACCAUAUGGCCCUGAGGGUCCUGGAGGUUUUAUUCCAAGUCCUUGUGGUUUCAUACCAUCGCCUACUGGUGCACAAGCUUUCCUUUCUCCUGGAGGUCCUGGCUACAUGUCUUCUGAUCCCAGUUCAUCUUCUGGAGACUCAUCCUCUGAUGAUGGUGAUUCUCCAACCAAGCUACCAUAUCCCACAUACCCUGCUAUGGGUGCUCCUAAGUUUAUGUCUCAAGGAUUGCCUCGUGGAACCAGAUCCUUCCCCCUGUUUGUUAUGUUCAACAAUGAUGGCUCUGUGAAACCUACCUACAAACCCGUGGCUAAGGACAAGAGGCCUAUAGUGGUGAUACCUGCAAGUAUGAUGAACAGACCUUCACGUCGACCAACUGACGCACCCUCUUGUAAUAUCAGUGGAACUCCCGUCUACCCUGACAGAUUCUACCAGGUUAAUAUCAAAGGAAACUCUGCUGUAAUUCCUGGAAGGUACUUUAGAAAUAGAGCGGCUCGACCUGGAACCUUCUCAGUGAAGAUCAAUGGACAGCGUAUCAAGGUACCAGCUGCAAUCGCACUGUCAGAGGUCAGUUUUAGCUACAAAGGAGCAGGAUCCUCUGUUCCCUCUGGAGCUAACUUAGUCGCAAUACCUGCUGACGGGUGUUUACCCAGAGGAUACCAGGCCGUCUGUUCCAUCGGGGGUAACCAGGUGUCUAUCGACAGGAAGCACAUGAGGAUGAGUAACAGUAGGCCAGGUCAGAUGGUGGUGAAACAUGGUGAUACCACCCACCUGGUAGCGGUCAAUGCUAUCAAGAUGCAGUCCUGCUCUUAAACCGCUUUAUUAUCGGCAAAGAGUUAAAACAAAUAACCGAAGAAGAGCGAAUGAUUAAAGAACUUUAUUUACAGUGAUGAAUCUCAAAUAUAAUUUUUGUUUUUCUGUAGUUAGAAUUUAGUUUAAAUUUUUGGGUGUUGAAAAUCGUGAUUUAAACGUUUAUUCGUUUGAGUAUUUACUAUUUGUUCAACAAUUUGAUUUAAAUGUUUGUUAUUCUACUGUACUAAUUCAUUAAUGUAUGUACAU